AAGCUCCAAAGUACUAAUCUUUACCUUACCAAGGCUAGGGCUCCAAAUCUCUCUCUCUCUCUCUCUCUCUCUCUCUCUCUCAGCACCAACUGAGAGACACAUACACACACUCACAAACACACUAUAAAUUCAUAGAGAUCAGACUAAAAGCUCUCAAAUCGGUCAAUUUCACUUAAUUGUCUAAGAUGACUGACCCUUCAAAAGUUCUUCAUAUACGAAAUGUGGGUUAUGAAAUAACCGAGAAUGAUUUGCUCCAGCUGGUUCAGCCAUUUGGGGUCGUCACUAAAUCAGUGAUGCUACGUGCUAAGAACCAGGCUCUUAUCCAGAUGCAGGAUGUAGCAUCUGCUGUCAAUGUAGUGCAAUACUACACGAAUCUUCAGCCUAGUGUUCGGGAGAGAAAUGUUUACAUUCAGUUCUCUUCGCAUCAAGAACUGACUACAGUGGAUCAGAACACUCAAGGACGCAGCCAGGAUGCGCAGCCUAAUCGAAUUCUCUUAGUUACAAUUCAUCAAAUGCAAUAUCCAAUAACAGUGGAAGUGCUUCACCAAGUGUUUUCUCCUUAUGGUUUUGUGGAGAAGAUUGUCACAUUUCAGAAGUCAGCUGGUUUUCAAGCCCUUAUCCAGUAUCAGUCACGCCAGAGUGCUCUUUCUGCAAUAGAUGCACUUCAGGGACGAAAUAUAUAUGAUGGCUGUUGUCAGCUAGAUAUUCAGUUUUCAAACCUUUCUGAGCUACAAGUGAACUACAAUAAUGAGCGCUCCAGGGAUUUCACAAACCCAGCUCUACCUUCAGAACAGAAAGGCAGACCCUCACAAUCUGGAUAUGGUGAUAUGGGGGGCAUGUAUGGUCUUCAACCUCCUGGAGCUAGGGCAGUAACAUAUCCACAGAUGGGAGAUGCUGCAACCAUCGCAGCUGCCUUUGGUGGGCGCCUGCCUCCUGGUAUAAGUGGCACAAAUGAUAGGUGCACUGUCUUGGUGUCUAAUCUAAAUCCUGAUAAAAUUGAUGAGGACAAGUUAUUCAAUCUAUUUUCCCUCUAUGGAAACAUUGUGAGGAUCAAGCUUCUCCGUAGUAAACCGGACCAUGCCCUCAUUCAAAUGGGAGAUGGAUUCCAGGCUGAGUUUGCUGUAAACUUCUUGAAGGGAGCACUGCUAUUUGGGAAACGUUUGGAAGUAAACUACUCCAAGUAUCCGAACAUAACGCCAGGCCAGGACACACAUGAUUACUCAAAUUCAAACCUUAACCGCUUUAACCGUAAUGCUCAGAAAAACUACCGUUAUUGCUGUUCACCAACGAAGAUGAUCCACUUGUCCACCCUCCCUCAGGAAAUUACAGAGGAAGAAAUAGUGGCCCAUCUGGAGCUGGAGGAGCAUGGGACUGUUGUAGGCACCAAACUCUUCGAGGCAAAUGGGAAGAAGCAAGCCUUAGUCCUGUUUGAGACUGAAGAGCAAGCUACUGAGGCACUUGUCUGCAAGCAUGCAACUUCCAUUGAUGGAUCAAUUGUCCGAAUCUCCUUCUCCCAAUUGCAGUCCCUUUAGAUAUACUGCAUGAAGCAGUGGAGCUUCAUUUAAGGACAGAUGUGUACAAUAGCAGGUUUUAUUGUUCUCUUUUCUUUUAAUUUGCAUCUGCUAUUCAACCUCUGACAAAUGUUGGGAUGAUGUUUGUCCUCUCUAAAUUUAUCUAGCUUUAAUCGUUUUCUGUUCUUCAUUUGUGUAUUCAUUUCUGGGUCUGUUGUUGGGGUUGGGGAGAAUUUUUUUUACACUUUGGCCGGCUUAGUUGGGGAGAGAUUAUUUCCUCUGCAUUUGUGGGGAACUCAAAGAUAAUUGCAGCUUUGGUUUGGAACAAUAUUUCAUUAUAUUGGGUGCCAAACCUUUUUCCAA